AUGUCAAAGACUUUCAGCGCAGAGGACGUUGCCACGCAAGGCAAGGGCGCCAACACCUGGGUCAUUAUCGAUGAGGAUGUAUACGAUGUGUCCAAGUUCCAGGACGAGCACCCUGGUGGAAAGAAAAUUCUCCAGAGAGUUGCUGGCAAGGAUGCAUCCAAGCAGUUCUGGAAAUAUCACAAUGAGGGUAUCUUGAAGAAGUACAAGGGCCAGCUGCAGAUCGGUUCUUUGAAUACCAAGAAGGCAGCCCCUGAACCCCCGGCACCCGCGCCUAAGAAGGCUGCCCCCGCGGUCAAGCCCGCCGCUCCCUCCUCUUCCACGAUUACCAAGGGUGAGCCCCAAGAUCCUUACGGAGAGUUGAUUCCCUUCGCCGAUCCUUCUUGGUACCAGGGUUAUGCCUCCCCCUACUUCAACGAGACCCACGCCGCCCUCCGUUCCGAGAUCCGCCAGUGGGUUGAGACCGAGAUUGAGCCAUAUGUGACUGAAUGGGAUGAGGCCAAGAAUGUGCCGGAGCACAUCUACAAGCAGAUGGGUGAGCGCGGCUACCUGGCCGGUAUGCUCGGUACCCACUACCCCGUAGACCACACCCCCCACCGUGUGCAGUCUGUCGCACCGGAGAACUGGGAUCUCUUCCACGAGAUGCUGUUGACUGAUGAGCUAUCCCGUACUGGUAGCGGUGGUCUGGUCUGGAACUUGAUUGGUGGUUACGGCAUUGGCUGCCCUCCCCUGGUCAAAUUCGGCAAGAAGCCGCUGGUCGACCGUAUCUUGCCCGGUAUCUUGGCUGGUGACAAGCGUAUCUGUCUCGCCAUCACCGAACCCGAUGCGGGCAGUGAUGUUGCCAAUCUCGGCUGCGAGGCUAAGCUUAGCGAAGACGGCAAGCACUACAUCGUCAACGGUGAGAAGAAGUGGAUCACCAACGGUGUCUUCGCCGAUUACUUCACCACCGCCGUCCGCACCGGCAAGGACGGCAUGAACGGUCUCAGCGUUCUGCUUAUCGAGCGCGAGGCUGGCGGUGUCAGCACCCGCCGCAUGGACUGCCAGGGUGUGUGGUCCAGCGGUACUACCUAUGUCACCUUCGAGGAUGUCAAGGUUCCCGUUGAGAACCUGAUCGGCAAGGAGAACCAAGGCUUCAAGGUCAUCAUGACCAACUUCAACCACGAGCGUAUCGGUAUCGUUAUCCAGUGUGUGCGCUUCUCCCGUGUUUGCUACGAAGAGUCCAUGAAGUACGCCCACAAGCGUAAGACCUUCAAUAAGCGUCUCAUCGACCACCCGGUCAUCCGCAUGAAGCUCGCCCAUAUGGCCCGCCAGAUCGAGGCCACCUACAACUGGCUCGAGAACAUCAUUUACCAGUGCCAGUCUAUGGAUGAGACCGAGGCUAUGCUCAAGCUCGGCGGUGCCAUCGCCGGCCUGAAGGCCCAGUCCACCCAGUGCUUCGAGUUCUGCGCUCGCGAGGCCAGUCAGAUCUUCGGCGGUCUCAGCUACAGCCGCGGUGGCCAGGGUGCCAAGAUCGAGCGUCUGUACCGUGAUGUCCGCGCCUACGCUAUUCCCGGUGGCAGUGAGGAGAUCAUGCUUGAUCUCAGCAUGCGCCAGAGUUUGCGUGUUCACAGCAUGUUCGGCAUGAAGCUAUAA